AUGGCGUAUGAUCCACGCCGGGUAAACACCGGGAGCACACCUCCCCAACAACCACCACCACCCCCGCCGCCGCCGCCCGAGGCAACAGCAACACCCACCGGGAUGGCCGAAGCACCCACCAGCGAAGCCAGCAGCAGCAACCCGUACAAGCUGAAGUUCUGCACGGUGUGCGCAUCCAACAACAACCGGUCAAUGGAAGCACACCUGCGCCUCUCGACCGCCGCAACAGGAUUCCCCGUGAUCUCAUUCGGGACAGGGUCCCUGGUCCGACUGCCGGGCCCCUCGAUCACACAACCAAACGUGUACAGCUUCAACACAACCUCGUACAACCAGAUGUACGAGGAGCUGCACAGCAAGGACGAGCGGCUGUACCGCAGCAACGGCAUCCUCAACAUGCUGGACCGCAACCGCGGCCUGAAAUGGGGGCCCGAGCGCUUCCAGGACUGGGUGCCCGGCAUGCCGCGCGUCGACCAUCUCUCCAAGGGCGACAAGGGCGCCGUGGGGACCGAGGCCGGGGUCGUCGAUGUGAUUAUUACGUGUGAGGAGCGCUGCUGGGAUGCUGUUGUCGAUGAUCUUAUGAAUAAGGGCGCUGCUCUUAAUCACCCUGUUCACGUCUUCAAUGUCGAUAUCAAGGAUAACCAUGAGGAGGCUCUGCUUGGCGGCAAGGCCAUCCUUGAUCUUGCUACUCGUCUCAAUGAUGCUGCUGUUGCGGAGCGCGAUGUUCAUGGCCCCGAGGGCUGGGAGAAUGGCGCCGGUGCCGCGCGCCAGAGCUUCGAUGAGAGUGUUCCCACUAUCUUGGCGGAGUGGCAGGAGAAAUAUCCUCAUCUGCCUGCUUUGUGGACGUUGGCCUGGUUGUAA